CAUCUAAGGUGCCCCCUCACUUUAAUUUCCAUUGCACUCUCUCUAUGAGUCCUCUCACUUUGGGUCUGGUCCUGAGUUGCACGCUCACUGGGAUGUACCGAAACCAUACCAACAAUGUUUGUUACAGCGGCCUUCUCUGCGAGUACAAGGACAAGCUUGUGCGGGCUAUUAAAAGCAUCCAGUAUGAGGUGGAGGAGUGCAGGGACGCAGAGACCAAGACUUACGUCCAGUCAGUGGAAAUAGAGAGCCAGUUCGACGGCCUUGAACGAGAAAUCCGAGCCGAGUUCGGGAACCUCCAUCGUUUCCUGAUGGAGGAGGAGUGCAGGGACCUGGAGCGACUGAAGAGGCAGAGAGGGAAACUGCUGAAGCAACUGAAGGAUAGAGAGAAGAAAAUCUCAGCGCAAAGGAAGGACUUGGAGAAGGCCAUCAUGGUGCUCAACAACAAACUGGCCGAGGAUGAGGGUCCCAAGAUGCUGAAAGACAUCCAAGAUCUUCUCAAAAGGUCUCAGGUCAGAUUUGUCCCUCCAACAGAGGUGGACACCGAGGUGCAUUCGGGACACAUCGUGGGGCCGAUACAAUACAGAGUAUGGAAGCACAUGCAAAGCUGCCUCUACCCAAAUAUUACAUCUGUGACUUUUGACCCCGAGACGGCCCACCCUCUACUAUCUGUGUCGCCGUCACUCAGCUCGGUUUGUUUCGAUGAGGCAAAAGAGCCAAAGGCUUGCCAGCCCAACCCCAAACGCUUCCAGUACUACUACUCCUUGCAGGGCCGGGAGGGCUUCAUCACGGGGCGUCACUACUGGGAGGCGGAGGUGGGCUACAAAACGGCAUGGAAGCUGGGCGUGGCCCGAGAGGACGUUCCACGAGGGGAGAUGACGACCACGGGAACCUCCAGCGGCCUUUGGACUUUGGCCAUGAAGGAUGGAGCCGUCCUGGCUUGCGUUGACCCUCAACCUGUCAGAAUCAAGGCCUCGGUCCGCCUGGCUCGCGUCGGAGUGUUUUUAGACUGCGAAAAGGAGGAGGUGUCUUUCUAUAACGCGGAGACCAUGGCACAUGUCUUCACCUUCCUGACAGGAACGAUUCUGGCCCCACUCUUCCCCUUCUUCAACCCCUGUGACGCCGACAAUGGAAGGAACACAGCGCCAAUUAGCAUCUUCAGCCCCUCGCUAUGACAAGAGACUGAAUUUUUAUACACUCAUUUUUUCCUGUGUCGCCGUUCCGUUCUAACGGUACCGGCAACAUUUCUGGAUGAAAACGACCCGGUAUAAUUAUUUCACUGUUGUGUUGAAAGCAGACUUGCCAACCUUGAGACUUCCAAUUUCGAGAGGUGGUGGGGU